AAAACAUUUUAAAACGGAUUAUACUUCGUAAGAGCACACACAUUUCUGUUAAAUGAAAAUCGUUUGGUGUUUCAGUAUACUUUCUUUCAAAUAAUAUAAUAAGUUAAUUUUUGUCGAUAAGUUGUAAGUUGUAAUCAAUGGAAAAUUUGGUGUUAAAAUGGAGACGUCCGGAAACGAUUGAAUUUCCAAAAGUUUGGCAUACAUUCAAAGUUCGCGAUAUGGAUACUGAUAAGCUGGUAGAAUAUCGAAUUCAAGAUUUACCAUCAGAUCGAACCGAAGAAAUACUUGAACAUUUGGUGGCUAAUUUCAUUCAAGACGCACCCGUUCUUCAAGCAUUUGAGGGUGCAAAAGAUCCGAACCUUAUCGAAGACUACAAAUUGAUGUGGCGAAAAAUGAUUGAUCAAAAUGUGUCGCUUGUAUGUUUCAAAGAGGACUCAAAUGAAAUUGUUGGCGCAAAUGUACUAUUUGUGAUUAAAAAAGAUGAUGAAGACUUUAUGCAAAUGUGCUGUAGAAAUCAUAAAAGCCAAAUAACAAAAGAUGUAUCUGAUUUAAUAUUGAUUGUGGAGAAAAAUUUCGAUGUAUUCAAUCAUUACGGAAUCAAUGAGUACUUAACAAGCUAUGGACUAUGCGUUGAUCGAAAGUUUCGAGGAAGAAACAUUGGAGUACAUUUUCUCGAAACAAGGAAGAAACUAUGCAAAGAGUACGGAUUGAAGUUAACUCACUCCACUUUUUCGUCCACUUUUUCGAGUAAAAUUGCAGAUAAUGUUGGUUUCGAAACGAAUUUCGCUAUGAAAAAAUAUUUUUUUUUCGUUUUAGAUUUGAAGAUAUCAUAAAAACCCAUCCGAGAUUUGGUCAUUUAAAAAACAUCAAGAGUAGCGAAAUUGCUUUGAAAUCGUUGGUGUGCUAAGUGUUCCAAAGUAAUUUGCCAUCGGAAAUUGAUAAACAAAAAAAAAAUCGGAUUUUAAUGGGGUCACUUUUGUGGUGGCCCUUUUUCAUUUAUUUUAUUCAACUAUUCUUUGGAAAUGUAUAAAUAAAAAAAAAACUUGUUCUUUAAA